ACAAAAUAUAAUAUACCUCCUAUACGCCAUACAUCGCACCUAAAGAGGAGGCCACGGUCGUCUGCGUGCCGCCUUGGUGUGAAAGGUCGUGAAAUAAUGCAAUACAUAUUAUAAGGACCGCCGCCCGUUUUCCGUCAUAUAAUAAUAUUUUUGUUAUUAUUAUUACUACUAUUAUAAUGUUACGUAGGCAUCGUCGUCGUUGCCAUAGGCCCCCAGGGGGCUAGCUAUGAUUUUUCCCCCCAUCGGCGCGCGAGCGAUAACGUCAGGGAGUGGUCUCGGAAGGUUCCCGGCGAUUUUAGAGUGUAUAAAAAGACCACCCAUCCAUAGAUCCAGCAUCACACCCGUCCGGACUCCAGAGCCAUCACUCGCGCAGAACACGUUGUUCGUAUAUUUUAAUAUUUACAAUUCCGAAUCGCAAACCACUACACUCAACGAUCAUUAUGGCUUUCAGGUUCGCAGUAUUUACGUCGGUCCUGGCAGCGGUGGCGCACGGUUCCCCCGUGUACACGGCCGCCCCCUAUGCGGCCUACCCCUACGAGGCUGCCCCGUAUUCGCCCACCCUAUACGCGCCGGUUCCGUACUACGCGGCGGCGGCGCCCAAGUCGUACGACGCGGACUACGACCCAAACCCGUCGUACUCGUACGCGUACGACGUGCAUGAUCAGCUGACGGGAGACUCAAAGAGCCAGCACGAGAGCAGGCACGGUGACGUGGUGCACGGGUCGUACAGCCUGGUGGACCCCGACGGCACCAGGCGGACGGUCGACUACACCGCGGACCCGCACAACGGUUUCAACGCGGUCGUCACCAAGGAACCGCUGGCCAAGGGCUACGGAGCCGCGCCCGCCCGCGCCGCUUACCCGGUCAAGUCGUACGCGCCCGCGCCAGCCGUCUACCCGGCGGCCGUCAACGCUUAUGCGCCAAUCUACCCGGCCGUCAAGGCGUACGCACCGUCGCCGUACCACACGUACCCGGCUUACCACUGACCGGGUUCACGUGACCACCACCGCACCACCGCAGAGACCCACUGAACCAGAUUACACACUGCACAAUCACCCUACAGGUAUACCGCACAUACCGCCCACGCCCGACAGUGAACUAUCAUCACGGCAACGUGUGCAGACGCGCCGCCGUUGAGAAUAUUAAUUAAUUGCGAUAUUCUAACGCAAACUUUUAUUUAUUUAUUAACUUUUAUUACAUUUAUUAGUUUAUUUAUUUUAUUAGUUUCAUACAUAUUAUUAUUAUAAUUUUAUAUUAUUUUCUAAAUAAUACAACAGUACCUACAUCCUACAUACUUAGUUUAUCUUGUUGUUUCUAUAUAAUAUUCAUAAACAUUAAACGGACUACAGUUGUAUUAUACUGUCGUGCGUUACUAUUUAUAUUUUGUUAACAUAUAAUAUAUAUGGUAAUUUUCUGUAUA